UAAAAUUUACAUAUGCUUUCCAAAAAGAAAUCGCCAAACAAAAUGGCAAAACAUCUCUUCUUCCUCCCAUUCCUCAUUCCCCUUCUCUUCUCCGUCACCGUCGCCAAUCACCGCCACCCUCUCGACCCACUCUCCCCUGCGGAAUUCGAUCUCAUUCGAUCACUCAUAACCAAUUCCAAUCCCUCUACCAACAUCACCUUCCAAUACGUCGCCCUCGCCGACCCUACCAAACAAUCCGUCCUCUCAUGGCUCUCAAAUCCCAAAACCCCGCCGCCGCCCCGCCGCGCCAUUGCCACCAUCCGUUUCAACAGAGCCACACACGAGAUCCUCAUAGACCUACACAAAAAAACCAUAAUCUCAAACCGGGUCUACUCCGGUCCAGGGUACGCGCCGUUUACAUUCGAGGAGCAGUUCGCGGCCGCCGCUCUGCCGCCGUCGCACCCACCGUUCGCGGCGGCGAUGAAAAAAAGAGGGCUGAAAAUGGAAGAGGUAGUUUGCGCAUGUUUUAGCGUUGGAUGGUUUGGGGAAAAGAGGAAAGUGGAUCAGAGAAUUGUGAAAGUUCAGUGCUAUUAUUUGGAUGGGAGUGUGAAUUUGUAUAUGAGGCCCGUGGAAGGAGUGACGGUGACCGUUGAUCUUGAUGAGAUGAAGAUUAUUGGGUUUCGUGAUAGAUAUGUGGUUCCGAUUCCAAAGGCUGGUGGCACUGAGUACAGAGAAUCAAUGCUCAAACCUCCGUUUUUGCCGCCCUUGAACGGAAUUAAGAUGCUGCAGCCGGACGGUCCUAGCUUUGAAGUCAAUGGCCAUUCAAUUAGCAGUUGGGCGAAUUGGAAUUUACACGUAAGCUUGGAUGAGAGAGCAGGGCCAAUCAUAUCAUUAGCAUCAAUCUACGACAUGGAAAAGCAAAAAUACCGACAAGUAAUGUACAGAGGAUUCAUAUCGGAGCUGUUCGUGCCGUACAUGGAUUUAAACGAAGAAUGGUACUACCGGACGUUUUUCGACGCCGGUGAGUAUGGCUUCGGCCAGUGCGCAGUGCCGUUACAGCCGGUUCGGGACUGCCCGGAAAAUGCGGUGUUUAUGGACACGUACAUGGCUGCCGGAGAUGGCAGGCCAGUGAAGAUGCCCAACACUUUUUGUAUAUUUGAACGUCAUGCCGGUGAUAUCAUGUGGCGCCACACGGAGGGUACCAUUCCGAAUACACUUAUUAGAGAGACAAGAGCAGAAGUGAGCUUGGUGGUGAGGAUGGUGGCAGCUGUUGGCAACUAUGACUACAUUGUAGAUUGGGAAUUUAAGCAGAGUGGCUCCAUUAUUGCCAAUGUUGGGUUAACUGGUUUGCUAGAAGUUAGGGCAUCAAAGUACACUCACAAUGACCAAAUAAAGGAGGAAGUCUACGGCCCGUUGUUAGCCGAGAAUACGAUCGGCGUCCGCCAUGAUCACUUCCUCAUCUACCACCUCGAUCUCGACAUCGACGGCGGCCCCAACUCCUUCGUCAAAUCCAACCUCCGGACAGUCAGAUCGCCGAACCCCGAUUCCCCUAGGCGAAGUUACUGGACGGUCGUCACCGAGACGGCCAAAACAGAGGCCGAUGCGAGGAUCAAAUUCGGCCUCCAAGAGGCCGAGUUGGCCAUCGUUAAUCCCAAUAGGAGGACCAGAAUGGGGAAUCCCGUCGGCUACCGUCUGAUUCCGAAGUCGGUGGCGGGUCCCCUUUUGAGUGCUGAUGAUUACCCCCAAAUUAGGGGAGCUUUCUCCAAUUACAAUGUGUGGGUUACACCGUAUAAUAGCUCCGAGAAAUGGGCUUCUGGACUAUUCACUGAUCAGAGCCGUGGAGAUGAUACCUUGGCUACUUGGAGUCUCAGGAACAGGGAGAUAGAGAACAAGGACAUAGUCAUGUGGUACACCAUGGGGUUUCAUCAUGUGCCUUGCCAAGAAGAUUUCCCAUUAAUGCCAACUUUGAGUAGUGGGUUUGAGCUGAGACCAACCAAUUUCUUCGAGAGCAAUCCUGUGCUUAAAGUCACCCCACCACAGAGAAGGAACAAGCAAUGUCUUCUCCAGGCCAAUCGAAGGCAUCAUCACAUUAAUCGACGUUGAUUCGAUGAAAAUCAUCAACUACUCCGACAGAUUCACCGCCCCUUUGCCGGAAUCAGAAGGCACCGAUUACCAAUCAAAGAAAACAAAACCCAAAUCUUCCAAUUGCAAGGCGGCGAAAAGAAGAUUCACCAUCGAAGGCCAUCAAG